CCGCACCUGUCCCGGCGGGGAACACCGCACCUUCCCCGGCAGGGGAUACCGCACCUGUCCCGGCAGGGGACACCGCACCUGUCCCGGCGGGGAACACCGCACCUGUCCCGGCGGGGGACACUGCAUUGCAGCGCUCUGCACCUGGCCCAUCCGCGGACACCGCAUCGCACCUUUUUGCUUCUGUCCCGCUGGUGUCACCGCACCUGCCCCAGCCCCGGUGGGGGCCACCUCCCCGGGGACCCGUUCCCAUCUGCUUCCUCCUGCUUAUGCCAGCCCUGCAGCUGUCCCUCUGAUUUUGGAGAAGGCUCACGGUUCCAAGGGUGAGUUCCUCCGGUAGAAUGGGGCGCUUCACCGUAUGGGACUAUGUGGUCUUUGCGGCCAUGCUGCUCAUCUCAGCCGUCAUUGGUGUCUACUAUGCCUUCGUGGGAGGGGGACAGAAGACAUCGAAGGACUUCCUCAUGGCAGGCCGGAGCAUGAGUGCCCUCCCGGUUGCCCUCUCUCUCACCGCCAGCUUCAUGUCAGCCGUCACGGUGCUGGGCACCCCUGCUGAGAUCUAUCGCUACGGUGCCGUCUUCUGCAUCUUUGCCAUCACCUACGCCCUGGUGGUGCUGUGCAGUGCUGAGAUCUUCCUGCCCGUCUUCUACAGGCUGGGAAUUACCAGCACCUAUGAGUAUUUAGAACUUCGAUUUAAUAAAUAUCUACGCUUCUGUGGGACGGUCCUUUUCAUAAUACAAACGACUUUAUACACUGGUAUUGUCAUUUAUGCUCCAGCUUUAGCACUAAAUCAAGUCACUGGCUUCGACUUGUGGGGUGCAGUGGUGGCGACUGGCGUGGUCUGCACUUUCUACUGCACACUGGGUGGUCUGAAGGCAGUGGUGUGGACAGACGUUUUUCAGGUUGGAAUCAUGGUUGCUGGAUUUUCAUCUGUGAUCAUACGAGCUGUGGUGGUUCAGGAGGGAAUUGGACGUAUUGUAAAUGAUUCCUACCAUGGAGGAAGAUUAAACUUCUGGGACUUUGAUCCCAAUCCUUUGCAAAGGCACACCUUCUGGACGAUUGUUAUAGGUGGGACUUUCACGUGGAGUGGUAUAUAUGGGGUUAACCAGUCUCAAGUCCAGAGAUACAUUGCAUGCAAAAGCAGAUUCCACGCAAAAUUGUCCCUCUACAUCAACCUGGUGGGACUCUGGGCGAUCCUGGCCUGUGCCACACUGUGUGGGCUGUCCCUCUACUCCAUCUACAAAGACUGUGACCCAUGGACGUCCAACCAGGUGUCGGCACUUGACCAGCUAAUGCCAUUCCUAGUGCUGGAUAUCAUGCGUGAUUUUCCAGGAGUGCCGGGGCUUUUUGUGGCUAGUGCCUAUAGUGGGACAUUAAGUACGGUGUCCUCCAGCAUCAAUGCUCUGGCUGCUGUGACUGUUGAAGACCUCAUUAAGCCCUACUUCAAAUCUCUUUCUGAAAAGAAGCUGUCAUGGAUUUCCAUGGGGAUGAGCCUGUUUUAUGGUGGAGUCUGCAUUGCUAUGGCUGCAGUGGCAUCUCUUCUGGGAGCCUUGUUGCAGGCAGCACUCAGCAUUUUUGGCAUGGUUGGUGGGCCCCUUCUAGGUCUGUUCGCCUUGGGAAUCCUCUGCUCCUUUGCAAAUGGAACUGGGGCAUUUGUGGGUCUUGUCAGUGGCUUCGUUAUUUCACUUUGGGUUGGAAUUGGAUCCCAGAUUUAUCCUCCACUUCCAGAGAGGACCAAGCCACUUGAUCUCUCGAUUGCAGGCUGUAAUAUAUCCUCAGGAAAUUUAACAUCAACAGAAAUUCCAUUAACAACAGUUUUCAGCACACCAGGUGCAGAAAGGCCUGCCCUGGCAGACAACUGGUAUUCCUUGUCUUACCUCUACUUCAGCACACUUGGGACGCUUGUCACAGUGGCUGUGGGAAUAAUUAUCAGUCUCCUAACAGGAGGACUAAAGCAGAACACGGAUCGUAAAUACCUGCUGACCAAGGAAGAUUUCCUAUCCAACUUCUCACGGUCUGAAACUGAGCAACCAGAGAAAGUGGAAGUGUUGAACUGGAAACCAUUUACCAUGGCAGAUGAAGGAACUGACAACCCUGCCUUCAGCCACAUUGAAAUGGAUGUUGCAAGUGACAAGAACAAAGUCAAUGGUCUUCAUAUAUGACACAAGGCCAUGUCAGCCUGUGAGGACAGUUUCGUUCAUGUAAAGCACUGUUGACAUUCCUGUUCUGGGCCAGUUACCAGCUCUGCUGGGGUCAUGGGCAGGCAUCUGCUGAGCUUUGUGGCGCUAUCACCUUUGCAUGACCUUGACAUUAGUCAAGAAAGGAAUCGGGUUUUUCUUGCACUUCCUCACUCUCUCACUCUGGCUCUUAGUGACAGAACCUAAAGCAAUGUUUCUAUCUGAAAUAUUUGCCUGAUGUUUUUGAGCCUCCUGGAAAAGAUCUGCUUUUAAUCUCAUUUCACCGUCAGAGUGAAUUUUUUAUUUGGGAAGAGUACAGUUCACCCAGACAUGGCUGUUUUUUCUGGCUUGUUUUUUUUUCUUUUAAGGCAUUGAAAGUAUGAAGAGAUUAGGGUGUGGGACCUUAUCAGAUUGCAAGAAACAGUGGGUCUUUUUUUUGUAUGGGAGGUAUAUUUAGUGCUACAUGGUUUCUCUGUAGAACUGACUGAGAGCAUAUUUAUUUUGUUGGUUUUGUCGUCUGUGUUUUUUUUAACCCACUUGUUUCUCAGUUACCUGUACCUCUUCUCUGUGCUCACUGCUGGGAGCUGCAAGAGUGACUUUGGUGGUGGUGAUA